AUGAUCUCUGGAGUAGCUCGAUCCGGAACUCUGCAGCUCAGAUCACGUGCUUCGUCCGUCGCCUCGCAGCGCGUCCGGCAGACCGUUCUGCGCACGAUGAGCACGCUGCCCGCACAGCGCCCCCAUGUCGUCGCCGUCGUAGGAACAACAGGUGUAGGCAAGACCAAGCUCGGCGUCGAACUGGCUCAAGCUGUCGCGUCCAUGGCUCUCUCGUCGUCGUCGAACUCGGGAGCUGAAGUGAUCAACUCGGACUCGAUGCAAGUGUACAAAGGGCUUGAUCUCAUCACCAACAAAGCAACCGUUGAAGAGAUGCAAGGUAUCAAGCAUCAUUUGAUGGCCUUUCUCGAACCGGGUCAGGAAUAUAGCAUCAAUGAAUUUCAAGCGGAUGCGCUUCGUUUGGUCGGUCCCUUCCGUCGAUACAGACGGUGGAAGGAUGACACUGACCUAUACAGCGGAGGGAUUCGCACAGAUCGAUGAUAUGCGAAAUCGGGAUACACUACCAAUCAUCGUUGGAGGCACGACGUAUUACCUCCAGCACCUUGUCUUCCCGAACCAGCUCGUUUCGGAUACCCCGGCCAUUUCAGUCCCAAGGCCGACUCCUACCGAACCCCUACCUAUCUCAGCAACGCACCACUUCCCUCCCAAAUUAGUCGAACAUAUCCAUGCGCUGCCACACGAACUAUUACAGUUAUUCCUCGCCCUCCCAUGCCUACCACAAACCUCGACCCCAGAUUCGUUCCCUCCGAAUUUCCCUCUCGGGCUCGUCCCCGAACCUUAUCGAUCCCCAUCGGACUUUGCUCCAGCUCUCUACGACCUCUUGGACCGCCUCGAUCCGCGUAGUGCAGAACGAUGGCAUUGGAGGGAUAUUCGUAAAGUCCGGCGAGCACUCGAGAUUGUUUGGGAGGGAAGGCAAUGGGAUGAUGUCAUGCAGGAACAGAAUCAAAAGGGACGAGGACAGGCAAGGUCAGGGAUUGCUCUCAAAACGCUAACAGAGAGUCUACCAAGGCAUGAGAGCUGAUACACUUAGUUUACUUCGGACUAGGUUCCCAACUUUGAUCUUUUGGCCUUAUGCUGAACCCGAGUUGCUUUCGAAACGACUGAACGAGCGGGUCGAUCGCAUGCUUCAAGUGAGUCCACGCUCCACCCACUCAGACAAUGUACGUGUACUAAUACAGUCGUUCGGUACAGAUGGGUCUCUUGGAAGAGAUCGAGCAACUGUGGGCCCUUGCACACCGGAAAGGAGGCGAGGGUUCCGACGAAACCGAUUACUCUAAAGGGGUCUAUCAAGCAAUCGGUGAGCAGCCGAGCUGUACCGGCGCCGAGCCAGACUCAGCGCAGUGCAGAAUCUGAAUCAUCUCGCUCUCCGCAGGCUAUAAAGAAUUCUCGCCCUACCUCGCCUCCAGAAAUGACUCUUCCAUCGAUUCAAAAUCCCUCUUCGAUGCAGCUGUCGAAAGGAUGAAAAUCUCGACGUGCCAAUAUGCGAAGAAACAAGUCAAAUGGAUCAAGAGCAAGUUGUUACCCGCGAUCAAGGAGUUGGAGACCCAAGAUGCGGUGACGAUAGUUUUGCUUGAUGUGACAGGUGAGAUGCAAUUGUCGCAAAGACUUUGGCGACCGUGCCGCGGCGCUGAUUCGUGAUAGGUGAACAGAUUUGGAGAAAUGGGAGGAAAACGUUCAUAAACCUGCCGUCGAGUAUCUACGAGGUCAGUAAAAAUGAGAAAUAUGUUCUACUCUCGAUCACCAUCUGAUCUUGUGCUAUAAUCGCACAGCUUUCCUCAAUGACGAACCCCUUACCGACCCGGCCCUACUAUCUCCCGUCGCUCAAGAACAUCUCUCCGUCAGCGAUACAGGGUCAGUACACCUCCUCUAACAAGCCACAACCCAUAGUCCCGUCCUCUGAUGAUCCCUCAUUUCUUCCAACAGCUCCCCCGCCCGUCCAAAACGAGCUUGCCCGAUAUGCACCGACGAUCCCUCUCGCCCUUUCCUUGUUGAGUACCAUCUCUGGGAUUCUCACCCUCGCACCAAAACGCACAGACGACGAUUGCGGGAAGUCGGAACACGUGGUCGAAGACCGCCUCAGCGGGAAGAGCGGGAAGAAAGUGAAAAAUGA